GCCGAACGCCUGGCUUCCGUCAGACCCCGCCAGCUGCAACCGCUUCCUCUUGGCAGGAUCGUCUGGCAGGAAGGACGCCCGGCACGCGCAGGUACCACCUUGUGGGAAGCCCAGAUAUAAAUGCUGGAGGCUGCUUGAGCUUGAAAGUUUUCCCCGGGGGGGCUUUCUGGGCAACUCCUUCAGAUCCCAGGACUGAAAAGACCUUUGGAGACCCAGGAGAUCCACAGGUCCCUUCUGGAUCCCUGUCAGAGAAGACACCAGAAAUGGAUGCUAACAAGCCAGCCUGGAAAGAAGUGGGAAAAGACUCUGUUUCUGCUCAGCCUGGGAGCUGUGGGGAGAUCUGGUCAGGCCCCAGACAAAAGAUCCCAGAGGAGGAAGAGGAAGCCCUCAUGUUUGAGAACCAGCAUUGGUAUUUCAGGAAUAGCUUCUUUAAGGAGGCCGACGGGCCACGAGAACUUUGCAGCCGCCUUCAUCGCUUUUGCUGCGGUUGGUUGCAGCCCGAGAAGCACACCAAGGCUCAGAUGUUGGACCAGGUGAUCUUGGAACAGUUUUUGGCCGUCCUGCCCAGGGAGAUGCAGUGCUGGGUGAGGAAGUGCCAACCCGGUACCAGUUGCCAGGCAGUGGCCCUGGCUGAAGGUUUCCUGCUGGAUUGGGCAACGAGGGAGGAGCAGGAAGGGUGCCAGGUUUUGAAGUCCUUCCUGGAGGUGGUCACUGAUUGUCCUCAGGCAAGGAGGGAUCCCAGGAAUCCUUCUCAGGGGCCAUUGCUUAGAGAGAUUUCCAAAGAGAAACUUCAACAUCACAGUGCCUCAUUAGGUAACAAAAUGGAGUCACCGUUGUUCACUGGGUCAUCUUCUUCUACUGGUGGAGCUGAAAAAGCGACUGGACCUCUAGCUCAGGGUCCUGUGUCCUUCGAGGAGGUGUCCGUUGAUUUCACCAGUGAAGAGUGGUUGCUGCUGGAUCCCAGCCAAAAAGCCCUGCACCAAGAAAUCCUGUUGGAAAUGUCUAGCAUUCUGGCCUCUUUAGGAGUUGAUGAGCAGAAGAAUGAAAAUUGCCCAAAGCGCAGUAUAGUGCCACCACAAAUUAUCAAUGUUGACAAACCAGAAGAGAAAAACCCAAAUAAGUGGAGAAGAAGAAGAUAUGAGAAAAACCGAUCUUGCAAUUGGAAAGAAACAUCCAUUCUCAAAUGUGCAGAAACAGAUCACUUCCUGAUCCAACAUAAUUCUAAAGGAAGCAACACAGGACAUUUUCAUACAAGUAGCAAUAACCUCAAAAUUGAAAAGAGCUUCAGUAGUAAUAAUAUUUUAUCCAGUAGAGUGGUCCAUGUAGUGGAGAAGCUAUAUAAAUGUGUGAACUGUGGAAAGAGCUUUAGACGGACUAAUAAUUUAACUACCGAUAAAAUGAUCCAUUCAGGAGAAAAGCCUUAUAUGUGCGUAGACUGUGGAAAAAGCUUCAGUAUGAAGAGUUGCUUUAUUCCUCAUAAAAGUAUCUACACGGGAAAGAAAUCCUAUCAAUGCAUAGAAUGUGGGAAGAACUUCAGGACAAGCAGUGAUCUUAAUUCCCAUAAAAGGGUUCACACAGGAGAGAAACCCUAUCAAUGCAUAGAAUGUGGGAAGAACUUCAGGACAAGUGGUGAUCUCCAUUCCCAUAAAAGGGUUCACACAGGAGAGAAACCCUAUCAAUGCUUAGAAUGUGGGAAGAACUUCAGCAGAAGCAGUAACCUUAGUUCCCAUAAAAGUAUCCACACAGGAAAGAAACCCUAUCAAUGCAUAGAUUGUGGGAAGAACUUCAGGAGAAGUGGUGAUCUUAAUUCCCAUAAAAGGGUUCACACAGGGGAGAAACCCUAUCAAUGCAUAGAAUGUGGGAAGACGUUCAGGACAAGUGGUGAUCUCAAUUCCCAUAAAAGGGUUCACACAGGAGAGAAACACUAUCACUGCAUAGAAUGUGGGAAGAACUUCAGGACAAGACGUGAUUGUACUUCCCAUAAAAGGGUUCACACGGGAGAGAAACCCUAUCAAUGCAUAGAAUGUGGGAAGAGCUUCAGUACAAGAAGUGAUCGUAAUUCCCAUAAAAGGGUCCACACAGGAGAGAAACCCUAUCAAUGCAUAGAAUGUGGGAAGAAGUUCAGGACAAGCAGGUAUCUCAGUUUCCAUAAAAAGUUUCACACAGGAGAGAAACCUUAUCAAUGCAUAGAAUGUGGGAAGAACUUCACCACAAGACGUGAUUGUACUAACCAUAAAAGAGUUCACACAGGGGAGAAACCCUAUCAAUGCAUAGAAUGUGGGAAGAACUUCAGCACAACCAGUAGCCUUAGUUCCCAUAAAAAGAUUCACACAGGAGAGAAACCAUUUCAGUGUGUUCAAUGUGGGAAGACUUUUAGUCAUAACAGUUCCCUUACUUGUCAUAAGAGGAUCCAUACAGGGGAAACCCCCUAUAAAUGCAUGGAAUGUGGAAAUAACUUUCGUAAUAAAAGUUCACUUAAUUUUCAUAAAAAGAUCCAUACGGGAGAGAAGCCAUAUAAAUGCUUGGAAUGUGGGAAGAUCUUCAGUAAGAGUAGCAAUCUCACUUCCCACAAAAGAAUCCAUACAGGGGAGAAGCCGUAUACAUGCCUGGACUGUGGGAAGAGCUUCAGUCGGAGUAGUAGCUUCUCGGCGCAUAAAAGGAUCCACACUGGAGAGAAACCGUAUGAGUGCCCGGAGUGCAGCAAGCGAUUCAGUGAAAGCAGUCAUCUCAUCGCACACAAAAGGAUCCACACGGGGGAAAAACCUUACGAGUGCAUAGAAUGCGGGAAGAGCUUCAGUCAGAGCAGUAGCUUCGCUGCACACAGGAGGAUCCACACGGGGGAGAAACCCUACAAAUGUGUGGAAUGCGGGAAGAGUUUCAAUACCAGUACGCACCUGACAUCUCACAAAAGGAUCCACACAGGAGAAAAACCGUACAAAUGCACGGAAUGCGGGAAGAGCUUCAGCGAAAAUGGGGCUCUGACAUCACACAAGAGGAUCCACACAGGGGAGAAACCGUACAAAUGCACGGAGUGCGGAAAGUGCUUCAGUCAGAGCAGCUCCUUUACACUUCAUAAAAAGAGUCCAUGCACAGGGGAGAAACCCUACAAAUGCUUUGAAUGUGGAAAGAGCUUUAGUAUGAGCAGCCACCUGCUUUCUCACCAGAGGACUCAUGCGGGGAAAAAGUCGUAUAAGUGCUUGGAGUGUGGAAAGAGUUUCACGCAGAACUUCAGCCUGACAGUCCAUCAAAGAACUCAUACUGGGGAAAAACCUUACGAAUGCAUGGACUGCGGGAAGUGCUUCAGCCGCAGCCAGCAUCUCAUUCAACACAGAAGCGUCCACACAGGGGAGAAACCCUUUCAAUGUGCCGACUGUGGGAAGUGCUUCAGCCGCAGCCAGCAUCUUGCCCAACACCGAAGUAUCCACACCGGAGAGAAACCGUACAAAUGCACAGAGUGUGGAAGGCGCUUCAGCAAUAGCGGAAGUCUAAAUACCCACCAGAGAACUCAUACAGGGGAGAAACCCUAUAAAUGCCUCGAGUGUGGGAAGAGCUUCAGCAAGAGCAGUAACCUCACGGCCCAUAAGCGGAUCCAUACAGGGGAGAAGCCAUAUCAAUGCUUGGAGUGCGGGAAGAACUUCAGCAAGAGAAGCAACCUUUAUAAACAUCAGACGAUCCACACAGGAGAAAAACCUUACACCUGCAUGGAAUGCGGGAAGAGUUUCCGGAUGAGUGGGAACUUUUAUAAGCACCAGAGAAUCCAUACAGGAGAGAAACCCUAUGAAUGUCUGGAGUGUAGGAAGCGCUUUGCCCUUAGGCACCAAUUGACUUCACAUCAAAGAACCCAUGCUGAUGAGAACCCAUUCCAAUGCUUAGUGUGUGGCAAGGACUUUAAGUAUAGUGAGCAACUUACUCAGCAUGAAACCACCACCCACACGGCAUCCAGCCAAAAUGGAGAUGUGGUUAGAGAAGCUUCAGCUCCCUUUGAGAGCUCCUAUUUGUAUCCUGACAAUUGUUUAAUCUCCUUUAUUUGGUCCGGAAACCGGUGAUAAAUAUUGUCUCUUUUGGUAUCUGGGGCUGAACCAAGAGACAUAAUGGAAGAACAGAGAAUCAUUGUAAUCCUCUCUUCUCCUGGCAACAUCUGGAAGGAAACUGAGGUUAUAACUGAAAAAUAAUUACAGCUUCAAUCAUUUUUAACCCUGAUGAUUGGUUGAUAUCGAUAAUAUUUGUAUCUUAAACAAUGCAGUGGAGAAUGAGACAGUCAACUGGAAGCCACCCAUAACAGAACUGCAGAGAGUAAUUACAUUCUGUUAUCUCACCCAGAAAGGCUUCUAGAAGGUUCUGUGUGACAGAUGUGUGAUAUGAAAUAUCAACUCAGACAUGAAUAAGAAUUUGAAAGGAUUCAUCUUUCCACAGAUAUUUAUGGGUGGAGCAAGAAAUGCCACACCCAUUGGCAUUAUCAUGCAAAUGAUGUCUGUGAUAUCUAUGUGGCUUCUACUGUUGCCUUUUCUCCUCCCCAUUGCAUUUAAUGUGCUUUGAUGAAGUAUAAUAACUUCCUUAUGUUCAUUUUCAAAGAUCUUCUGGAGCCUGCUCAAGAUAACAGAAAAGCUUAAACAGGAUCCCAUCCAAAAUCUCUUAGGAUGAAACCAAACCUGUGGCUGGUAAUUGGCAGACUUGUUCAAAUGACAUCCUUUGGGUAGAAGGAGAAAAAUCUGAAUUAUAUUCUUGUUCCUGCAACUUUCACCAUCCAACAAUCUUGAGAUUUUCUUCCAGAUGGGAAAGGUUUUAUUAUCUACUAGGGUUGAAACCUCUUCGGGAGAGGCUUACUCAUGAGCCGGUCUUAAUCUGACACCAGUUCAUAAAAUGUCAACACAGUUUUUUCUGAUCUCUUAAGUGGACCUCUCAUUCAGCCAACUUGUCUCUGAAAGUCCUCAAAAGUUACUUAAGACUUGUUUCAGGUUUAUUGUAGUCUUGUUAGUUCUGUAGUGAUGUAAAUCUUUUUUACGGCGUUUCCUGGAAUUGCAGAUGUAUAAUUUAAAUGUUUUCCUCUUUAUGGUGGUUUCUUUUUAAACAAGUAUUUUAUUGCAGCGGUGAAAUAAUUUUGCCAUCUUUCUGUGCUUAGUAGGAGACUGUAGAUAAAGAAGUGGAAAGAAUGUUGUUAAUGUCACAAAAAUAAGGAUUUUUAAAACUUUUUUCAUCCUCUCACAAUACCUACAGCCCUCCAGUAUUUUUAAAUUUAGAGGUUGGUGACUCCAGCAGUUUUAGGAGACUAACAUUUAGAAAACAAGAAGGAUGAUGUAUGUCCAGAGAAGCCUCAGGGAUCUCAAAAAUGCAAAUGGGUAACCUAAACAUAUUGCUGUCUGUAGGUCUCAAAUGUAUGUUAGUAGUUUGUAAUCACAGAUGACUGGGUCUGCAUAAUCAUGGCCAUUUCAGCCAUUCCCCCAGCUGCCACAAAGAAGGGAGGGAGGCUUCUGCUUCCUGCCUCACUUUCUUUUUUUAAUCCAAACAAAAUACUUUUUUGAAAGAAAAUAUAUAUAUGCAUACUGCUUGAUUCGUGAUGGAAUUGCCAUGGACAAUUUCAGGGAGAUUCUCUGCCUCCUGCCCACAUUAACUUGGAUUAAUUUAUAUCACCUAUCUGUGCUGCUGAAGAAGCGUAUGGAAAUGGAAAAGGACACAGAGACAGCAUUCUUCGAGAAGGCCCAGUUUUGCUGCAUCUCUUAAGACUUUGCUUUGAUUUUAGAAAUUUAAGUAACUUCCAGCGUGAAAGAUUCUAUCCUGUUUGGUUGGAUAGAGUUAGUUCAACCUCGGGAUGUGCCAAAUAAAAUGUUUUAGUCUA